CUUCCACCAUUUGAAAGAUACACUCAACAGGAGAGGCACCAAUAGUUGUUUUUUGCCUUUCUCUCUCUAAAAAACCCAAUUUUUUGCGUAGGCUUUUCUCUCUCUAAGAGCUUUUUGAAUGCCCCCAUUUUCUUUUUGUCUUGACUUUGAGUACCUCUAUUAUGAGACUUUGUUUUCUAUGAUGAUACCAAUUUCUUCUGAGUUUUUGAGGUAUUUUGGCUUUUUUUAGUAAGAUUCAGCUUUUCUUUUGAUAGAUUUAUGGGUUUUUCUCUCUUUAGAUGAUGGUAUAGACAGAAUCAAUUUUGGGGUUUUGAGAGCACUUUAUAAUUUAAAAGAAACAGCUUUUCUUUUGCUUGAUAGUCUUUUUGGAUUGUUUCGAGCUUUUUAUUGCCUAAUUUUGUUGAAUUAGCUUGGUUUUUGUCCAGGUUUCUAUAUUCUCUCUAAAUGUACUUCAUAGAAUUGAUGAUGGGUUUUUGCAAGUACUGGUUUGGUUGUUUCCCAUGUAUAAAUUGAUUCCCUUCUGCUAAAUUUUUAUCCUCUCUCUAGAUGAGUUAAAUUUUUAUGUUUUCUCUCUCGUGAUGAUAUUUAACGGUGAAGCAUUCGUGGGUAUUUUAAAUUAGUCAUUUUAAUUGUUUCCAUGGUAUAAUUUUCACAUGAGCUUUCUGUAAUCCUCAAUUUCCAGGUUAUCUCUCUCUAGGUUCAGCUUCCGCUUUGAAACAGUUCCACUUCAUACCAGUGUCUGUAUUUGAAUGAUAGAGCUAUUUCUAUUCUCCAAUUGAAGCCUAAAUGUCCUUAGGACUCCUCUUAUUUAUUUAUGCCUGAAUCCAUGAUGGGGUUAUAAACUAGCAGAAAUUGGGUGUUUCCCUUUCAUAAAUGGUUAUAUAGCACCUUAAUCAAGAGAAUGGCGGUUUCAGCAUUCAAAUCCACAUCAAAAAGAGGGAAUUUUGGGACUCCAUCCACUGUUUCUGGUAAGGAAAACACAGAGGAUUUGGGCAAGAGGAUCCCACAAAGGAGAUCAAGAAGUGUUAGUGCUUAUUCUAGGAAUUAUACCGAGCUUCAAACCGGCGCAGCUGAUUUUCUAAACAAAAGGGAUAACCCACUCUUUUGUAUUACUAGCUCAUUUCCAGAUUCUACUGAGAUAGGGAGAGAGAAUGGGGACUUUAAAUUCAAGGAAUCAAAACCAGAAGGAUUUAGUGGUAGUGGGGAGAGAAUAAGGGGGCGUUCGGUGUCACGGGCAGUGGGUAUUGGUGCUAAUACGGGCUCGAUUUCCAGCGAAAAUGGUGCAAGGAGAGGAAGGUCGGUUUCUAGAAAGCAGUUACCGGAUCCCCCCAAAACAUCAGAGAGAAGUCUUUCUCAGGUUGAUUAUGGGCGAGGAAGGCGGUCCAUGUCGAGGGUUCCUUGUGUAAAUUCAGAGAGUGAUAUCGAAGUAGAGCCUAAUCUAACAGGCAUAAUUAGAACGACACAACAAGCAAAUCCUUACUUGGAUGUCCAAAGGCAAGACUCUGUUAACACAUCCAAUGUAUACGACCAGGAUACGUUUUUGCCGACCUGGACUAGUCGUUAUCCUCCAUCACAGUCUUUUGAUGGGCUCACUGCAUCUUUGGGAGUAUCAAAUGAGAAUAAUAAUGGUAUUCCUGCAUUUCUUUACUCUGAAGCGGAAGAGAAGACAAUCAAGGCAGUGUUUGAACAGAUGAAGGAUGGGCAUCCCAUUGGUGAAUCUGGUUCUGGUGAAUUAUACGAAACUGUUCGUCUGGAAGUAAGACGUGCUGUUUCAGAGAUAAGAAAUGACCUUGAAAGCGCCAUUAGGAAAAAGAAUUCUGUGAUCACGGCUGCCAAUGUAGGAGAUACCUCUCCUGAAUCCAUGAAUCCUGAAGCCAUUCAGUUGGUUGCUGACAUUAGAAGUGAAUAUGCCAAGAAACUCGAGCAGUCCCAAGAGCGCGCUAGAAUCCUCCGGGCAGAUUUGGCGGUGGAAGAGCAACGUGGGCAGGAACUCAGUAGGAUAUUGAAGGAGAUAUUGCCUGAUCCCCAGGCUAACAAUUCCAUGACCCAAAAAUCACGGCAAAAGAGGAAGACUAGCAUUGAGCGAAGAAAGAUGUCUCGGCGUCUCACAGAGGAAGCCAUGAAUUAUUUUGAUGAAUGCAUAUCGAUAUCAACAUUUGAUAGCUCUGAUUUCUCUUCUCCUGAAGAGUCACAAAGCAACUCAGCUAUUGCUAGUGCCCAAACCAGUGGGAGCAGGUUUUACCCAUGUGGAGUGGGUUCAACUAAUUUAACCCCACAUCACCCCUCUGCCCUUAUACACAAUGAUCAGGAAGCUGCUAAUGAAGCUAAAACAUGCUUCACUCAUGGAGGUUCUGAGUUAGAAGUUAGUAGCAGUAGCAACAGUAAACUUGUGAAUGGCGGCAAGCAUGACGCAGUUUGGGAGAUAAUGAAUUAUGUUGAGAAGUUUGGGAAAGAAGCUCAGAAGAAGGAUAGUGAGAAAUCAGGGACAGUAAGAUCGGCGAGUUUUUAUGAAGAUGAAUACUCAUUCAGUGUGUCAGCUGAAGUUCUGUUGUUUGAAAAUGUGAGACUCAGAAACAGAAUAAGCUCUGGGGGGUUGCUACUCUGUGGGGUUGGAAUCUUUUAAGAGAGAGAAAGAGAGAUUACCAUUUUUGUUGGAAGGGGAAUUCAUGUUACAAAAGUCAAAGGGAUUUUAACUUGUUGAGAGAGAGCGUGUUGCCCAUGUAUUUUGUAUGACACUGCCAAUGUUUGAAGUGGAUUGGCUUCUCCUAGAGAGAAAGAAAGAGAGUGCAUUGCUUGUAAAUUGUAAUUUUUGAGAGAGAGAGAGGUGCAUGUAAAUUGUAAUUUUAUGUAAGCCCAUAUUGCCAAAAUAUGAAAUGGAUUGGCUUGUUUCCCUGUAAAUGAGAUGCGGAAGGGAGGGACCAUUUUUUGGCAAUAAAGAAGGAAAAUGAUUUGAUUUG